AUAUGACUCAUCUAUUAUUAGCUCAUCAUGCUAAUCCAAAUAUACCAUCAAAAUGUCAUUUAACACCAUUACAUUUAUGUGCACAAGAAGAUCGUGUUAAAUGUGCUGAAGCAUUAAUUAAUAAAAAUGCUAAUAUUGAUGCACAAACACUUAGCGGUUAUACAAGUUUACAUGUUGCUUGCCAUUUUGGACAAAUAAAUAUGGUUCGAUAUUUACUUCAAUUAGAUGCGAAUGUUAAUAUAGAAACAAAUCUUAUGUUUACACCACUUCAUUCAGCUGCUCAACAAGGUCAUGUUAUGAUUGUUAAAUUAUUACUUGAACAUGGUGCUUCACCAAAUAAAACAAAUAAACAUGGAAUGACAGCUUUAUCAAUUGCACAACGUCUUGGUUAUAUAUCUGUUGUUGAAGAACUUAAAGUUGUUACUGAAACAACAGUUGCUAGUAAACAUGAAUUAUUAAGUGAAGAACGUUAUAAAAUUCAAGCACCAGAAAUAUCUCAUGAAGAACAACCAUUAACUGAUUCGGAUGAUGAAGGAGAUGAUGAAAAAAAAAUUGCUAAUGAAAUAAUUUAUCCUGAAAUUGGAUAUUUCGAAAUGGCGAGAGCUCUUAACAAUUUAAAAAGCAAACAAAAAACGACUACAGAUAUGCUUGGUGAUGCUAAUUCAAAUAUUCAUAUGCAAUAUUUACGUGAAGGUGUUUUAAUGACUGAAGCAGAAGAAAAUAAACUUAAUCAAGUAUCAUUAAUUAAAGAAGAAUCUGAAUAUCCAAUAUUAGCAACAAAAGAUGGUUGGAAUGAAAGUCGAGAUAAUUUACAUGAUCAACAACAACAAACACCUAUUAAAACACAACAAACAUAUAUGGCUGAUAAUGAAAUAAUAACUAAACCGCGUCAUGGAGGAUUUUUGGUAAGCUUUUUGGUUGAUGCUCGUGGUGGUGCAAUGCGUGGUUGUCGACAUUCAGGUGUACGAGUUAUUAUACCAGCUAAACGUGCUAGUAUGCCAACAAGAAUAACAUGUCGUUUUGUUAAACGUGAUAAAUUAACUGUACCACCACCAUUAAAUGAAGGUGAAGCAUUGGCAGCAAGAGUUUUAGAAGUUGGACCUGUUAGUUGUAAAUUUCUUGGGUAA